AUGGUGAACCAUCGUGACGAUAACCUUGAAGCUUUUCCGAUGGCAGACGACUUUGAUCGGGCAAAACAUUUGUUCAAAAUGAACGAGCAACUAUUCACUUUCAUGGGUGUAUGGCCGCUGCACUCAACUUACGCUAAAUUUUCCGUUUGGUUUAUUUAUCACGUGGUUCAUACAUGUGCUACAACCGCCGACUUUGUCGAAAUAUUUGGAAACUUUAAUUUAAUGCUUCUCAAUAUUUCGGAGAACGCAUGGAACAUUAUGGUUAUAUCGAAAAUGUUGGUCAUGAGAUUCUCUCGGACACUUGUGGGCCUUACCGAACGGGUGAUAGAGGCCGUUGAUGAAAAAUCUUUCGAAAGCUCCGACGAGAAAAAAAUGUAUCUCGUUUACAAUCGCGUCGCUAAAAUAUUUUUCAAACUUUGGGUGCUCAUGGGAGUAGUCGCCUCGGUCGCCGUUCAUAUAAAGCCAUUGGAAGUUCUUCUUAAAGCCGGUAAAUAA